GAUUAUGAAAAUUGUUGAAGUAGUUGUGGAUUAACAUAUGUAGAAAAAUAAAUCAAUAAACAACAGUGCAGACGCUGAUGAGUUGGCCAUGAGUCCAAAACCAGCAUGGUCGGCAAGCCUGAUAAGCCGAAUAUAAGCAGACCGUUUGAGCUCGAUUUCGAUUAUGUUUGUGGCUGACACAGUCAAUUUUUGUUAAAAAUUAUGCUUGUUAUUAUCUAAUUUGGAGAUGACAAUAAAUGUGGUCUUUGGACCUAGUUAUCCACAGCUUGGGCUGUGUCUAUUUGUACACAUAUAAUGAAAUGCAGACUGAGAUUUACGAAACUAGACCAUUAAAUCUGCAUAAAUCCAUUAGCCUCUACAAAAAGGAAUCGGCCAAACUAUCAAAGAAAAAAUAUAAAAGCCCGUAUGGCAUAAAGCGAAAAUCAUGUUUCGACGGUCUGGGUGUGAACAUAUUUCAAAUUUCACCACCAGACCUAUUCCACGAUAUCGUAGAAUGGUUUGAGCCCAGAAUUUCACAAAUAUUGCUAAAAUCAGCAUCUGUGUCUAGAACACAAAUCAAAAAUAAAAUAAAACAGAUUAACUGGAUCAACGGUCCAGUCAAAGUCAAAGAGGACUUUUCCCUGAAGGGGAAAGGAACACAAAAAUUUGAAUUUUUAGUACGAAUGAUGGAAAUUUUUCCCGAAUGGAUAGAAUUUCCACCAGAAAUUUACCUUUCAUUGAGGAAGGUGAUUUAUUAAAUUUUUUCACCUUCUUCAUUCGAAAUGAAUGAAUUUAAAAAUGAUAUGCAAAAUCUGGUCAGGCUAUGCCGACCCCAUUUCCAAUUUGCGAAAUGGUGACAAUGAUGAUGAUUAUGAUGAUGAUAGUGAAGAAACAGAAUCCAGUUCAUAAGUAGAAUGGAAUUCCACUGGCUAUGAGCCAGCAGUAAAUCAUGAAGACUUCGAACUCGGCAGAUCGUUUUUUGACAUCGUCAAAGACGAGUUGCCAUCGGAAUUGUAUUCGAAAUUCAUUGAAUUUUGCAAAUCGAUAAAUAAGUGUCGAUUACAAUUCCAUAUAACACAAAAAGCCAUAUCAUCAGUGCACGAAGCACAUAAAAAUAUAUUUGAAUUGGAUAGUAAAAAAUCAGAAAUUGCAGAAUUUCAUGACGAAAUUCGUCAAUUCAAUAUAUCUGCAAAAAAAAUUCUCUGAAAAUUUACCGCCAUACGUAAAAUCAGAAGAAUUGAAAUUGACCAAUGGUAAAAAAUAUCAUUACAUUGGCAUUGAAAAAAUUUUGAAAACACAUAUUAUCGACGACAAUCUAAUCCGGAAUAUUUUUGAUGAAAAUCAAGAAAAUUUAUCAGAAUAUGUCCGGAAAAAUGGCUAUCAAAACAAACUGCGGAUUGUAUUAUCCGGAGAUGAUUUUGGCGUAUCGAAUCCAAUUGGAGGAGCUGAACGUAAAUUGUUCGCCCUUUAUAUGGACACAGAUAACGCCAAAAUUUACAACACUAAAGCUAAUCAGCUUCCAUUAGUGUUGUUAUGCGAAAGAUCGCAUAUUACUGACUUGAAUGAACUAUUCAGUCCAGUAAAAAGAGAUCUUAAACGACUUAUGGAUAAUGGCAUCACUGUUCAGUACAAUGGUAUUGAAAGAAAAUUAGAAAUAUGCCUGGCUUACGUUUUGGCAGAUAAUUUGGGCGUAUGUGAAAUGUUAGGCAUGAAAAGAAAUUUUUCAAAAGGCUUUAUAUGCCGUUAUUGUGGAUUAACGUAUAACGAAAUGCAGACUGGGAUUUACGAAACCAGAUCAUUAAAUCUGCAUAAAUCCAUUAGCCUCUACAAAAAGGAAUCGGCCAAACUAUCAAAGAAAAAAAUAUAAAAGCCCGUAUGGCAUAAAGCGAAAAUCAUGUUUCGACGGAAGU